CCGUGGGUCACAGCGAUGCCGUGGGGCGGGCGGGCGGGGGCUGAGCUGUUCUGCUCCGACGACCCCGAGCAGCGCUUCGGCGACCUGCGCGAGAUCGGCCACGGCAGCUUUGGCGCCGUCUACUUUGCGCGGGACAUGCGGACCAACGAGGUGGUGGCCAUCAAGAAGAUGUCGUACAGUGGGAAGCAAUCUAACGAGAAGUGGCAGGACAUCGUCAAGGAGGUGAAAUUCCUGCAGCGGCUUCGGCACCCGAACACCAUCGAGUACAAAGGCUGCUACUUGCGCGAGCACACGGCCUGGCUGGCUAUGGAAUACUGCCUGGGUUCGGCCUCGGAUCUGCUAGAGGUGCAUAAGAAGCCGCUGCAGGAGGUGGAGAUCGCGGCCAUCACCCAUGGGGCGCUGCAGGGCCUGGCCUACUUGCACGCCCACAACAUGAUCCACAGGGACGUGAAGGCGGGGAACAUCCUGCUGGCGGAGCCGGGGCAGGUGAAGCUCGGGGACUUCGGCUCGGCCGCGCUCAGCGCCCCGGCCAACUCCUUCGUGGGGACGCCCUACUGGAUGGCCCCCGAGGUGAUCCUGGCCAUGGAUGAGGGUCACUACGACGGCAAGGCCGACGUCUGGUCCUUGGGCAUCACCUGUAUCGAGCUGGCCGAGCGGAAGCCGCCGCUGUUCCACCUCAACGCCAUGAGCGCGCUCUACCACAUCGCACAGGACGCGGCGCCGGCGCUGCAGGCCGGGCCCUGGUCCCGCAGCUUCCGCGCCUUCGUGGCCGCCUGCCUGCAGAAGGGCCCGGCCCAGCGCCCGCCCUCCCACGGGCUCCUCCAGCAUCCCUUCCUGCUGCGUGAGCGACCUCCGCGCGUGGUCCUGGACCUGAUCCAGAGGACCAAGGACGCCGUCCGGGAGCUGGACAAUCUCCAGUACCGCAAGAUGAAGAAGAUCCUCUUCCAGGAGGCCCCCAACGAUCCCGGCGAGGACGACGAGGAGCCAGAGCCGUUCCUGCGGCGGGCGGGAAGCCUGGAGAGCAGCCACUCGCUGCCCAGCACGUCCAUCAGCGCCUCCAGCCAGAGCAGCAGCGUCACCAGCAUGGCCGACGAGGACCAGGAGGACCACGAGGUGGAAGAGGAGGACCAAGAGGAAGGGCCGGACUCAACCAUGAUGCAGGAGGGAGAGCACACAGUCACGUCCAACAGCUCCGUCAUCCAGCGCCUGCCUGCUCCAGACGGCUACGACUCGUCUCCUUCUCCUCCUCCUCAUCUUCCUCCUCCUCCUCCUUCUCCUCCCGGGGCUCCUCCUGGCCGCCGGCCCCUCCCCCACCACUUCUCCACCAUCCGGACGGCGUCGCUGGUGACACGGGAGCGGGAGGCGGCACUGCGCGAGCAGCUCAGCGGGUACCAGCGCAUGAGGCGCCACCACCAGAAGCAGCUGCUGGGCCUGGAGAACCGUCUGCGGGCAGAAUUGGCCGAACACCAGGGGCGUCUGGACCGUGAGCUGGAGAACCAGCGGGUGGGAGCGGCUGCCGAGGCCGAGAAGCUUGUCAGGAGGCACCAGGCCAUCGCCGAGAAGGAGGCGAAGGCGGCGCUGGGUGAGGAGAAGAAGUUCCAGCAGCAGCUGCUGGGGCAGCAGAAGAAGGAGCUGGGGCAGCUCCUGGAGGCGCAGCGGCGGCACUACCGGCUGCGGAGGGACCAGCUGAAGGAGGAGCUGCAGGACGAGCCCGCGGCGCCGCGCCGGGAGCGCCAGGAGCGGCUGCAGCGGCAGAAGGCGACGCUGCAGCAGCUGCAGGCGCAGGAGGAGGCAUCGCUGCUUUGCCGCCAGCGCCGCGACUUCCACCUGCAGUGUCGCCAGUACAAGCGCAAGAUGCUGUUGGCGCGGCACAGCCUCGACCAGGACCUGCUGCGCGAGGAGUUGACGAAGGCGCAGUCGCAAAAGGAGCAGGAGUGUGCGGCGCUGCUGCGGCAGCACGAGGCCACGCGGGAGCUGCAGCGCCGCCAUCUUGCCGCCCUGCACCGCACGCGCUGCGACCUGGCGCGGCUGCAGCACCAGAGCGAGCUCGCCAACCAGCGUGACUACAACCGGCGGCGCCACCAGGAGCUGCGGCACCAGCACGCCGCGCAGGCGCGACAGCACCCCAAGACCCUGCGAGUAGGUGCCCCACGGCGCCCCACGGCCCCGCGCCUCGCCCCCCUCCUCCCUCCCCUCCUCUGCUCCCUCCUUGCUGUUGCUGUCGCUCUCCGACCCUCGCCUGCCGCUCUCUUUGCCUUCCUGGCGGCGCUUUGGGUGGAAAAACAAGGAUUUUGGGGCUGGGGAGGUGAUGUCCAUCUCCCCGCUCCCCCUCGCCUCGCUCCCCUCGUCCCUCACAUCUUCUGCUCCGCUUUCGCCCUCGCUGUCGCCCUCCGCCCCUCACUCCUUGCUCUUUCCGGCCUCCUCGCAGCCCUUUGGGUGGAAAAACAAGGAUUUUGGGGCUCCCCUUGCGCAGGUGCCACAUGGCGCCCCGCGUCCCCUCUUGUCCCUCCCCUCCUCUGCUCCAUCUUGGCCCUUGCCGUCGCCCUCCAUCCCUCGUUCCCGGCAAUUUGCGGCCUCCUGGCGGCCCUUUGGGUUGAGAAGCAAGGAUUUUGGGGCUCAGCCACCGCCGCCCGUCUCCGCAGCUCCCCUCUGCUCCCCCACGUCCUCUGCUCCAUCUUGGCCCUCGCCGUCGCCCUGCGCCCCUCGCUCCCGGCGCUCUUGGGUCUCCUGGCCGCCCUUUGGGUGGAAAAGCAAGGAUUUUGGGGCUUCCUUUUGGCGCUGGAAGGAGGGGCGCUGGCGUAUGGCCUCCUGCUCCGCUCGGGGGCCGCGUCCCUGGCGCCGGUGUUGGCGACGGGGGCGGUUGUGGGGCUGAGCGCGCAGCGCCGCCGGCUCUACGUGCCGGUGCUGGUGCUGGCGGCGCGGCUCUGGGCGUCGCCGUGGCUCUUCGUGCCGCUGUACGGUCUGGGCGCUCUGGCGCGGGGGGCGCUGGGGACGCUGCGGCGCCGCGCUCAGCGGCGCUGGGUGCGAGGGCUGCUGGCACUGCCGCCGCCGUGCUUCCGCCUCCUCUGCCACCUCGGUUUCGCCUCCGAGCGAGCCCUUUUCCUUCUCUUCCCCAAAACCAACAAAACUGCCUUCAGGUCGCGGCUCCCGGUGCUGCAGCGGCGCCGGCAGCGAGCCCCGGGGCUCCUCCACCGACAUCUUGCCUGGAUCCCCCUUUUUGACCACUUCCCCCUCUUUUUUGACCAUUUUUCCUCCAUUUUUUCUCACUUCACUCGGGUUUUUUCCCGCUUCACCCCUCUUUUUUCCCGUUUCACCCCCGUUUUUGCCCAUUUCACCCCUAUUUUUUCCCGUUUUCCCCCUCUCUUUGCCUAUUUUACCUCUCCUUUUGCCCAUUUCCCCCCAGCUGUUCCCUGUUUCCCUUCCAUUUUUGCCCAUUUCCCUUCCAAUUUUGCCCAUUUCCCUGUUUUUUCCCAUUUCUCCCCCUUUUUCUCAUGUUUCAAACCCUUUUUUUCCCAUUUUUGCACCCUUUUCUCCUGGUUUCCCGCCCUUUCCUCCCGGCCCCUCCCCUUCCUUUCCCGCUUCCCGGCCCUUUUUGCCCGUUUCCCCCUGUUUUUGCCCCAAAAGGUGCCUCAGGUUCGGCCCAGCCGCAUCCCCCGCCCGGCCCCGCGCCCCCGUUUUGGGGAGGGGAAGCGGGGACCCCCCUUGGCCGCCCCACAGCGACCCUGGAGGUGACAGCGGCCACGGGGGGGCACAGACCCCCUCAGGGGCAACCACCCCACUUUUGGGGUGAAAACACCCAGGUUUGGGUCAGGGAACCCACUUUGGUGGCAAGAACCCCCCCUUUUUGGGGUGUGAACCCUCCAUUUUGGGGCGAGAACUCCCCUUUUUGAGGCGUGAACCCCCCCUUUUUGGGGUGUGAACCCUCCAUUCUGGGGUGCAGAGCCCACUCUGAGGGCAAAACCCACCAUUUUGGGGAUGAGGAACCCCCUUUUUGGGGUGAAAACCCCCACUUCUGGAGUGCAGAGCCUACUCUGAAGACAAGAACCACCACUUCUGGGGCAGGGACCCUCCAUUUUGGGGUGCAGAGCCCCUUCUGAGGACAAAACCCACUACUUUGGGGAUGAUGACCCCCCUUUUUGGGGCAAGAACACCCUUUUUGGGGUGCAGAGCCCACUUUGGAGACAAGAAGAACCACUUUUGGGGUCAGGGACUCCACUUUUGGGGCAAGAACCCCCUCAUUUGAGGCACAAACUCCAGUUUUGGGUCAGGGACCCCCAUUUUUGGGGCAAGAACCGCCCUUUUUGUGGUGCAGAGCCCGCUUCGAGGGCAAGAACCAACACUUUUGGGGUGCAGGGACCCCCCUAAAAGCACGGACCCUCACUUUUGGGGCAAGAAGCUCCCUUCUUGGGUCAGGGACCUCCCCAUUUGCAGCAAGAACUCUAUUUUGGAGUGUAAACCCCUCUUUUUGGGGCAAGACCCCCCACUUUUGGGGUUCUGGGACACCCCUAAAAGCAUAGACCCUCACUUUUGGGGCAAGAACCCCCGCUUUUGGGUCAGGGACCCCAAUUUUGGAGCAUGAGCCCUCCUUUUUGGGGCUAGAACUGCUUUUUUUGGGUGCGGGACCCCCCUAUUUUUGGCAAGAACUCCACUUUUGGGGCCAGGAACCCCCUUUUUUGGGGCCAGGAACCCUCUUUUUAGGGCAAGAAACCCCCCGAGAGCAUGCCCUCCCAUUUUUGGGUGUGAUACCCUUCUUUUUGGGGUAAGAACCUCUCUUUUUGGGUGUGAACCCUGAUUUUGGGGUCUCCCAGCCCCCCCCCCCCCGCUGCUCCCCUAUUUAUUGCCCUUUGGGGGGGUCCCCAUUUUGGGGUCAUUUUCCCUUUUUUUGGUUUUUUUUCCCCCCUUUUUGGGGUCAUUUUUCCUUUUUUUUUUUCCCUCCCCUUUGGGGGCGUUCCCCCUUUUUUGGGGGGGUCCCUAUUUUGGGGUAAAAAGCUGGGAUUUUGAGGAGUUCCCCCCUCAGAGUCCCGCUCCGAGGGUGCAGGCUGGGAUUUUGGGGCCGUUUCCUCCGUUUCCAUCGUUUUGGGGUUGUUUUGGGGGGGUUUGGGGAUUUCUGUUGGUUUUAUUUUCUGUUAAAUA